AUGCAAGGUCAGUGGCCCUUGUCUCUGUCUCCUUGGCUGGUGUUCUCCACUGAAAUUUCAACUCGAGCAGCCUUUACACUGUGGUAUCACUCUGUCCGACCAUCAGAGAGUGUGGUGGAGUGUUCUGGCCUUCCAACAAGAUCUCGUGCCGUGUCUGAGUUCAUGAUUGGUCUUGAAAAGACCAAGGCAAGGCAGGGAGUAUACUUUGAUAUCGACCUUGGCACAUGUAAGAAUGCACAGACUGGUAUCUCUCAAUGGAUGUGUCUCUGUGCAAAUGACAAAGACCCAAAAAUAUGCCCCAAGUGGGCCUUAAUCAGACUUGCAGCUCUGUAUGGAGAAAACCAUGACUGCACUAGACCCUUGUUUCUGGUGAUCAACAAGAAUGGUGCAGUGACCACUCAACCACUGGUGGCUGAGCAUGAGAACUCCCUUGCUAAUCUUCUACUACCAUUAGCUGAGCACUUGCAAGAGACCUACAGGGCCUUAGAUAUAAGUCCUGGAUAUUAUAUGGGACACACUCAUUCCGCUGAGGGGGGUGUCAACACCGCCUUCGAGAUCAAGGCUGGUCCCCUGGUAUGGUUGCUGCAUGGGGUGGCUGGUCACAAGUUAAAGCAGUCACCAUGUUCAGAUAUUUCUACUCCCCCAAUGACAAUCAUGAACACAUGA